UACCAACAAAAAAAACACACACUCUCUCUCUCUAGCUCCGUCUCUGUUUGAUUUUGUCUCUCAUCGAAGCGCGGCAAUGGUUGUUCUGAGCACUUUGGCGUUGGUAAGAGCCGCUUACUCGCUCAACAGUUUCGUCUUUGAAGCCGAGGACAUCCGAUUCGGUUCUCCGUGGUGGUUCGUCGUCGUCGGUGUCGCGUGUUUCCUCGUACUCUUCGCCGGAAUAAUGUCGGGUCUCACACUCGGACUAAUGUCCCUUGGUCUCGUUGAGCUCGAGAUUCUCCAACAGAGUGGUUCCUCCGCCGAGAAAAAACAGGCCGCUGCAAUCUUACCAGUGGUAAAGAAGCAGCAUCAACUUCUUGUGACUCUACUUCUUUGCAAUGCAGCUGCUAUGGAGGCUCUUCCUAUAUGCCUGGAUAAGAUAUUCCAUCCUUUUGUGGCUGUUUUACUCUCAGUUACUUUUGUUCUUGCUUUUGGAGAGAUAAUUCCGCAAGCUAUAUGCUCUAGAUAUGGACUUGCUGUUGGCGCAAACUUUUUGUGGUUGGUUCGCAUUUUGAUGAUAAUCUGCUAUCCGAUUGCUUACCCUAUCGGAAAGGUUCUUGAUGCUGUAAUUGGGCAUAAUGACACACUAUUUAGGCGAGCUCAGCUUAAAGCCCUUGUCUCAAUUCACAGCCAGGAGGCUGGUAAGGGGGGUGAACUGACACACGAGGAAACAAUGAUUAUAAGCGGAGCUCUGGAUUUGAGCCAGAAGACUGCUGAGGAGGCUAUGACGCCAAUUGAAUCAACAUUUUCGCUGGAUGUAAAUACAAAGUUAGACUGGGAAACAAUUGGAAAAAUACUGUCACGGGGUCAUAGCCGAAUCCCGGUCUACUUAGGGAAUCCGAAAAAUAUCAUUGGGCUUCUAUUGGUUAAGAGUCUUCUAACUGUACGAGCAGAGACAGAGGCACCUGUAAGCUCUGUUUCCAUCAGGAAGAUCCCAAGGGUUCCAUCAGACAUGCCAUUGUAUGAUAUCCUCAAUGAGUUUCAAAAGGGAAGCAGUCACAUGGCUGCAGUUGUCAAAGUCAAAGACAAAGAUAAAAAGAAUAACAUGCAGUUACUGAGUAAUGGCGAAACACCCAAAGAAAAUAUGAAGUUUUACCAGAGUAGUAAUUUAACAGCUCCUUUGUUGAAGCAUGAAUCCCAUGAUGUAGUUGUUGAUAUUGAUAAAGUACCAAAGCAUGUGAAAAAUAGGGGAAGAAACUUCCAACAGAACGGUACUGUGACGAGAGACUUACCGUGUUUGUUGGAAGAUAACGAGGAUGCAGAAGUGAUUGGCAUCAUCACCUUAGAGGAUGUCUUUGAAGAACUUCUACAAGCAGAAAUUGUGGAUGAAACUGAUGUUUACAUCGAUGUACAUAAAAGGGUACGUGUGGCGGCGGCUGCAGCAGCAGCUGUAUCAUCUAUAACACGUGCUUCACCAGCGGAGAUUCAAAGCAAGGUAGGACAAACGGUGAAGAAGCUAGUUGGGAAAGAAGCACGAGGUACAAAGAAUUACACAACAAAAAUCACAGAGCCUCUUUUAGCAGAAUCAGAUAGAUAGUAGUUAAAAAGGUUUAAGGUUCAGUAGCACUUACUUUGUUGUAUGUUUGUGUGUGUCUAUAUAUAAAGUUGAAAUAAUGAACAAAAAAAAGAGAAGAAAAGAGUUUUGUUUCUUUCAAAACCAAUAAAAUGGUACAUACCGAUUUCAUCAGCUUGAACGAUAUGAAGUAUGAGCACAAAAGUGGCCGAU